AUGAGCUACUUCAGAGAGUGCAAUGGCUCGUUGAGAGCGCUAGCGCUCGCUAGAUUAUCGCGAGGUUCGAAGGGACAUGAGAUGGUAGAUUCAAUUGAUAAACUUUUGGCUUCUCUACCGGUCUCAUAUUCUUCUUCUGCGGCAAAUUUGAACGCGAUUCCCCUAACUCUGGAUGAACUUGAGGUUCUUUUGGCCAUUUGCAGAUCAGUACCGUCAGGAGAACCGCGGGCUCGUUCUAUAUUGGAAAAAUGCAUCUUUCCUUACUUUCUUGCGUGUCCCAAACAAAAGUUCACAGACUACGUUGUGAAUAGGUACAAACAGCGCAAUCUCAAGCAUCCAUCUGAGGUUCUGUGCUUCGAACUCGGAAGAUACAUUGUGAGAUCUGCCAGGAUGUUUCCACAGUUCCAACCAGAAAUUAGCAAAGUUUGCGACAGAUAUGUGGACGAAGUUUCGAAAAACCUGACUCUUGGAGGCAUACUCUCGCUUGCUGGGUUUCUGGAAGCUCUAGUAUUUGAAAAUGGAAACGCGCUUUCCUCGACGCUAUUAGCAAGUUUACGGACUUUAAUGAACGAAGACUUUCUUUAUGCCAUCGAAGUUGCCAUUCGAUCGUCUGCAAAUAAGGACGUCUUGAUAUACUACCUUGAUCGAAACCGGGAAGUUUCCUCGCUGCUCUUUUGCGAGCUGGUAGAAAGACUACAGGUUACUCACGCCUGUCGGUCCUUGGAAGUUCCUGAGGGCAGUGGUCUAGACGAAUAUCUUCUUGAAUUGCAACGUGUUAAAGCAGGAAAACGCAGCGAUGCGCAACUGGAUAAAUUCGAAGCAAAAAUUCACGAGCAUAAGAAAGAACUGUUGGAAAUGUGUGCCUUUUCAUUCAAGCAAAUAACUGAGCUUGAACAAGGCGCAAAAUACAUCAAUCUGUCGAGCCCAGGAAGGUUAGAGUGUGCCUUUGCAUCGAAAUCUUACAUGCUGCAAAUACUAUCUCUCGGCAUGUUAGUCAACUAUGAAGUUGAUGAGUUUACGGAGCUGGUAAGGGACUCCUUGAUAGACUUACCAACAAACAGCCAUGUCGUGAGCUCAGCGUUGUGUUCAACAAUCAUCACCGUUGCUUCUUUGCUCAAUUAUUUCACAGAAGCAGUUUCUCCGGAUUUGCUGCGCAUCUUCCCACUUUUGGUGUCCACUAAGUCUCUGCCUAAUCAAAAGAUUGCUGCGCUUGCAACAAGCUACGCAAAGGGAUUAGUGCCACUCACUGAAGACGCCAUUGUUGGAACAAUAUACACAAUUAACAACUUGCUAGCCUUGGCGCAGGACGGUAUUCCAGCAACUACAAUGAAGGGACGACGCUUAACUACAGCGUUGGGUAGUGAAAAUAACUUCGAUCGUUUGAUUUCUUCCAGGCCAACCAGGUCUAGCACUGUUGCAACCUAUCAAUCGCUUCAAAAGCUCAAAAUAUCUGCGACAAGCUUUGCAAAUCGCCCACCAGCUGGUCAGGACAAUAGUUCGAACACCAAUGGAAAAGAAACCCCCGUUGUUGAUUUGCAUGAUGAGCUAUUCCAGAAUGUUAUCACCGCAACAACCACCAUCGCAUCAAUCUACAAUGACCAGUCCAUUACAGCGCUAACAAUCACGAUAUUAACACAAAAGUAUGGCGCUGUGUCACCAGCAUUGGAUACAAGAAUACUGGUAGGUCUAGCACAUUUAGCCUUGAAGGUAAACAAGUCAGAGUUUAAUCUUCUAAUGAAAUUUUUCCACUCUGCUACAAACCACGCUUUAGAGAGAAAGGAUACCACAGUGAUGGAUAGUAUCGUUGCAGCGGAAACACUUCUCUCACAGCAACUUUUUGCAGAGGAGCCUCAAGGUCCCUUAUACAGGGUCUAUCUGGGCCACCUUCUUGACGCUAUCGUUGCUCGUGGGGAUGUUGAUCGCUCGGAGCACCACAGAUCACACACUGAAAUUUCAGAGGUGGCUGAUCAGAUUGCAAUUUAUUUGAAGCCCCUUGCCGCUCUGCUUCCUAAGCCUGGUCGCAAACCAAUCGAUCUCGAUCAAGAUGAGGCUUUAACGAACACUUUCAGGAAUGUCUGGUUCAAUGCUGUAGUGCAUGGUUUCCACGGAAAGGCUCCUUUAACCGAGAAGUACUAUGAAGAGCUUCAGACAAUCGCCUACAAUUCGCCACCUCUCGCUUCCGAUUUCCCGGCGGUGAAUCGAGAAACAUCAUUUGAAAUGAACACCAUUUUACGUCGAGGCUCCUCGAAUCAUAACGUGAAGCAACAGAAAAACAUGCUGUCUGAAUAUUUACCCAUCAAUUCCGUGCAAGCAAGAACUCUUUCUACGUCAAAAAUUAUGUUCUUGGCUUCAACCUUACUGCUGGAAAAUUUGAGGUGUGAGGCGGGUGAUUGCUCGAAGGCUCUGUUGUACUGUUCAGAUCGGUCAAUUACGAAGAGCAGUCUUGACAAGUUCGUGGCUUCCAUUUCGACGUCUAUGGUUCAAAAGUACACAAAGCUAGCCAUAAGAGGCAGCCCACGUAUUUUCUCCGCUGAAAUGGUGGCCAAACAAUUGACAAACAUCAUCCUUCUCUUGACUCACAGGGACACUUCCCUUCAAGAAGCAGCAUUCAUAUGCUGCGACACUUUCAUCGAGAGAAUUCCAUCUAGUCUUUGUCACCAAAAUCCGCUAUACACGCUGUUGGACAUAUUAUCUAUGCUUUUCGACAGUGUUGUGGCAUGCGAGGCAAAUAAGCACGAAGUUGUUUUUGAUUUCAUGCUUAAACAUUCCAAAAGGAAAGUCACAUUGCCAGACUCAUAUCAUUGGCGUACGCUGACAUUGCAACAAGUUCAAAAGUACGCUACACGUUGGGUAACUAUAAUAUUGAAGACCGCCAACCAGGAUGUCAAGAUCCUGUUGCAAUCGUAUAUCUCUGACCUGAGUGCUGUUCAAAGACUGAACGGAGUUGAAUUUGGUGUAUCUUUUGCUCUCGAAAUGGCGGCCAAAAUUCUACCUGUGGAUCGAGACCUCGCGAGCAUCACCAAAAGCGGUUAUCGCAGACCUGAUAGCAUAUCCGGGUUUCUUUCUCAACAUGCGUGGAGGUCUCGCUUCAUGCGAGAUCAAAGCGUUUUAUCGUCCUACCAUGACAUUGAAGAAGAAAGACGUGAAUUGAAGACCAAGAUUGAAGGUGUAUUAGCUGCUAGUCAAUCAGCGAACUACAAUGAUGUGAGUGCGUUCCUUGACUUAUCGGCUUCACUUCUGGCUCUCAAAAAAGGCAAUACAGCGACUUUGGUAUAUGACAUCGUCAAUAUCCCUUUUCAGAUUUUCACCUCGGAUGCAGUAAAGAUUGCAACAAAUGUUUGGCUUGCGGUAAUGAAGGAGAGAAGCGAUAUUUCAUAUUUGCUUCUUGCUGAAGUCGCCAAUUGCUGGGCUUAUUCAAUUGACAAUCACGAUGGCCUAUUUUCGACAGAACAUAAUCUCAAAGCGGAGGAAUUUAACAUGAUGGAAUAUUCACCGUAUAACAAGAAGGAGAUAAAUGUAGCGGCUCACAGUGCUAGCAAGUCACUGCAGCCGCAUAUACUCAUUACGAGAUUUUUCACAUCUCAUUUCGAAGGAACAUUAUUCGAUAGCGUGCACCUUCUUGACAUUUUCACUCAUAUUUGUUUGAACGGUUUACGUGCUUUGAAAACCGCGAGUCUUCAUCCUUUCGCCAGAAUGGCCAGAAAUGAACUUGUUAACUUUGGGAUCCUCGUUUUUGCUAGUAAUGUCAAACACAAUACACGCCAGGCUCCUGAAAUAGGUAAAGCAUUAGUUGAUGGUGCUUUGAGCUGGUUCAAAAAACCCAAAUCUUGGCCAUUUGGAGCUAAUGAAUUGAAGAUACGGGCGGACCUCUCCAUGCUUGUUGAGUGCUACAAAAAACUGAAGGACAAUGAGCAGGCUCUCAAUGGUUUCCGUGGGCGAGAACUCUCGCUUUUGCAAUAUUUCUUGCUCAGUGAAAUACACACAGUUGAGAGCUGGCUGCGUCCACUGGCGAAACCUCUGGAUGAUGUCAAGUUGCCACUGGAUUUAGUGUCAUUUGCAUUCAAGAAAGAGCCUUCCUUAGCCAUCAAUAUAGUUGAGCGGUACCCCUCGAAAAAGGCAACAGACACAUUGCAGAAAUUGAUCUCUGAAAACCCGCUUCGUUGCGUGCAAACGUCGAGAGCACUGGCGCCAUUUUUGGCAGGCACAAAGAGUUUCCAUUACGCUCUGUACUGGGCAUCAACGAACCCUUUGCAAUCUAUUAAUUUGUUCUUGCCACAGUGGGCCAAAAAUACUUACGUCGUGCAGUACAACGUAAGAGCGCUCGAAUCCCACGAUGUAAACCUUACUUUCUUCUAUGUGCCUCAGAUUGUCCAAUGUUUGAGGUGGGAUCCGCUUGGGUACGUUGAGCGCCUGAUCAUUGACACAGCAAAAAUCAGUGUUUUGUUCUCGCACCAGAUCAUAUGGAAUAUGUUAGCUAACAGCUAUAAGGACGAUGAAGGACAAGUCCCAGACGAUUUGAAACCCAGUUUGGACAAAAUUCAGGAUAAAAUGACCAAGGCGCUCAGUGUGAAGCAAAGAGAGUUCUAUGAACGCGAGUUCGAAUUCUUUAACGAGGUCACCAGUAUCUCGGGCAAGCUGAGACCUUUUAUCAAGAAAACAAAGGCCGAGAAAAAACAUAAAAUUGACGAAGAAAUGGCCAAGAUUGCUGUGCAGGACGAUGUGUAUUUGCCUUCUAACCCUGAUGGCGUCGUGGUGGACAUUGAUCGAUUGAGUGGCAAGCCUUUGCAAAGUCACGCAAAAGCGCCUUUCAUGGCCACAUUCAAAAUAGAGCGGAUGGAGCAGGAUCCUGAAACAAAGGAACGCCGUAAAGUUGAAAAAUGGCAAGCGGCCAUUUUCAAGGUUGGAGAUGAUUGUCGUCAAGACGUUUUAGCCUUGCAAUUAGUCUCUGUGUUCCGGACCAUUUGGUCGUGCAUUGGACUCGACGUAUAUGUGUAUCCAAACCGUGUGACGGCCACAGCACCAGGAUGUGGGGUCAUCGACGUGCUCCCCAAUUCCAUAUCCAGAGACAUGCUGGGAAGAGAGGCCGUCAAUGGGCUGUACGAAUACUUCAUCACCAAAUUCGGACAUGAAAACACAGCAGAAUUCCAGCGCGCCAGACAUAAUUUCGUGAAAUCACUAGCUGGAUACUCUGUGAUUUCGUACUUGCUUCAAUUCAAGGAUCGACACAACGGGAAUAUCAUGUACGAUGAUCAAGGACACUGCUUGCAUAUUGAUUUCGGCUUCAUUUUUGACAUUGUUCCUGGUGGUGUCAAAUUCGAGGCUGUACCUUUCAAGCUCACAAAAGAAAUGGUGAAAGUCAUGGGGGGCUCUCCCGAUACGCACGCGUACCAGGAAUUUGAAGAGCUAUGCAUCAAGGCCUACUUGGCUGCCCGUCCACACAUGAACAUGAUUCUCGAGUGCGUUCGGCCCAUGUUGAGCAGCGGACUGCCAUGCUUCAAAGGUGAGAAGACUAUGCGGAAUCUCGAGGCGCGCUUCUCACCCAACAAGAAUGAGCAAGAAGCGGCCGAGUUCAUGCUGGGUUUGAUCAAGAAGUCUUAUGAGAGUAUAUUCACCCGAGGCUACGACGAGUUCCAGCGUUUGACAAACGGUAUUCCUUACUAA